AUGUUGAUCGGUGGUGCAAUCGAUAAGUUCAAAGCUCGAUUGGUUAUACAAGGUUUUAGACAAAGGGAAGGCAUUGAUUAUUUUGAUACAUAUGCUCCUGUUGUCAGAAUCUCUUCUAUAAGGUUCUUGAUUGGUUUAGCAGCCAUUCAUGAUCUUGUGAUCCAUCAAAUGGAUGUUAAGACUGCAUUUUUAAAUGGUGUCUUGGAAGAAGAGGUGUAUAUGGAACAACCAGAGGGAUUUGUUGUGCCUGGAAGUGAGCACAAGGUGUGCAAGCUGGUGAAAUCACUGUAUGGGCUGAAACAAGCUCCUAAGCAAUGGCAUCAAAGGUUUGAUGAAGCUGUCUUGUCUUUUGGUUUUAAGAUUAACCAAUCAGAUAAGUGUUUAUAUAGCAAGUUUGAUGAUUCCAGUAAUGGAGUGAUCAUUUGUCUAUAUGUGGAUGACAUGUUGAUCUUUGGUACCAACCUUAGAUUAGUGGAACUCACAAAAGAGUUUUUGUCAUCAAAUUUCGCCAUGAAGGACAUGGGGGAGGCGGAUGUGAUUCUUGGUAUUAGAAUCAAGCGUGACAAUGGGAGGAUAUGUUUAUCACAAUCUCACUACGUUGAGAAAGUGUUAAAGAAGUUCAAUUAUUUGAACUGUGCCCCUGUAAGUACUCCCAUGGAGGCAAGUGUGAAACUUAUGCCUAACACAGGAAAGGCUGUGUUGCAACACGAAUAUUCUCAAGUGAUUGGAUGCUUAAUGUAUGCAAUGACAAGCACAAGGCCAGAUAUUGCAUAUGCAGUUGGAAGGUUGAGUAGAUACACUAGUAAUCCUAGUACUCACCAUUGGCAGGCUGUAAAGCGUGUGCUCAAGUACUUGAGAGGAACCAUGGACUAUGGUUUGUGUUAUGGAGGAUUUCCUUCGGUUUUGGAAGGUUAUUCUGAUGCAAGUUGGAUCACCAACGUGGAAGAUCAUACUUCUACAAGUGGUUGGGUGUUCCUACUUGGGGGAGCCCUUGAAGGAUCAUCUCAUGCCAAUUACAAGAGAGAGAGGAGUCCAACACCCAACCACCCUCCCUUUUAUUGUAAUGCCAUCACAAGAAGAAGCACUACUCAAGUCCAUGAGGACAAUGAAGAAGAAGAAAGAGAGUAUGAGGAACAAUUGAAUGAUGAAGAUGAAGAGCAGAGCAUCGACAUCAAUGCUUCCCCAAAACAGAGCAUGGAUACACCAAGCCCUAGAGACCCUCGUUUCUCACCAAGAAGUCAAGCUUCUACACUUCCAAGAUUGGAAGCAAUGCAAAGACCAUCACCACCUACUGAAGAAGAAGAUACUUGGCAGUAUGAUCCCAUUGAUCCCAACAAGAUAAGCCCCAUGAAGCUUAAAGAGUUCAAUGCUAAGGUGAAAUCACUUCCAUUCUAUGUCACUUUUGAAGAAGCUUGGGAUAAACAUGGUCUAGUGGAGUUCUUUUUCACAACUAGUGAAAACAAAGAAGAGAUACACCAACUUUUCAGGAAGGCUCGAUUUCCCAUUGCCCCUCAUGGAGUCAAUCAACCACCAUCACCACCAUCAUCACCACCACCUCAGUGGUAUGUCAAUUCCAUAUCAAGAGAGAAGCUUGCUGAGUUCAAUCAGUUUGUCCAAACUCUUCCAGCCAGCAUGUCUUUCAAAGAAGCUUGGCGCCACUACCCAUUCACCCCUUUCUUCCACAACUGCAAGGAGACUCCUGAGGACAUAAAAGAGCUUUUUGAGAAAGCUAAAGUUCAGCCAACCUUCAAGACCCUCUACAAGAUUGAAGACCCAGGUCAAUUCUCUAUUCCCUGUCAAGUAAAUGGUCAUUACUUUGAUAGAACACUAUGCGAUUCUGGCUCUUGCAUAAACCUCAUGCCAACCCAAACCGCCAAACUCCUUGGCAUCACACGCUUGCAACCUGCUCAAAUUAGUAUUGGACUUGCUAACCAUACUAUAGCCAAGCCAAGAGGAGUUGUUGUUGAUGUUCUUCUAGAGAUUGGAGAUAUCAAGAUCCCGGUGGACUUUCAUGUCAUAAACAUUCAAGGAGGAUGUGACACACCAUUGAUACUAGGCCGACCCUUUUUGGCCACUGCUGGAGCUGUCAUGGACCUUCCAAACCGGCGAAUGUCCUUAGCCAAUGUGACAAGACAGUCUUUUACAAGACCAUACCAUUCAUCGCACCAAACAAGCUGUCUUACCUCAUCACUGCCCAAGGCCGCCCAAGAGAGCCACCAGACCACACUCAAGGUCACAAUGAGACAAGAACUAAAAGACUAUGUCUCAGGCCGUGCCCUUACCCCAUCUCCAACUAAGAGAUCCUAUCAGUCAAGCUAA